AUGGCAUAUCCGACUAUUACUCAUCCCGACGCGCAGAUGCCCCGCAAACUUCAUCUAUUUGGGUACCCAAUCGCACACUCGGUCGGUCCAUGCGUUCAUACUUUUGUGGCUGAAUCCGUCGGCCUUCCGUGGAAAUGCACGCACUUCGAGACGCCCGACAUCGAGAAGGUAGUCGAGGCGAUGAAGGCUGAGGAUUUUAUCGCCGGCGCGGUGAUGAUGCCUUUGAAACUGCCUAUCAUGGCGAAUAUGGACAGUAUCGACGAUCUCGCUCGGAUUGCCAAGCAGGUCGUCGCUGAGAUGAUAGCAGGCAGAUUCGCUGACUCCAAGGAGAAGAUUAUCGUCGUCGAGAACGUGGAGCAGGCAAAGACUUUGGACGCGCCGUUCUAUGUCGUGGGACCCGGUGUAUUCCUCGAUAUGUGCUUCAAACCUCGCAUCACACAGCUAGUCGAGAUCGCGGAGCCCCGGGGAUGGGCGACAAUCGAUGGUAUUGAAGUCCUCGGACUACAACUUCUGGAGCAAUGGCGACUCUGGCUUGGCCCAAACGUACCACUACCAGCUCGAGCUGCGCGCCAGAAGGUGCGAGACUUGGCUACAGGAAGCGCCUCUCUCAACGUCUCCAGCAGUGUUGGAUUUAAUCAAAAGCAGACAGACUUAGUAGAAUUUGAAACAAACUAUUGCGAAGUUCUUUAA